AUGCCAAUAGGAACCGCUGUAAACAGAGCCGCCCUGAAUGCGACACCAUCACCUCCCGCUAUCUACGCACACCCUAUCUCCCAUAUCUCUAUCUGCAUACUAUCAUCCAUCGCUGCAUAUCUAACCGCCCAUCAGCCUCAGCGCAUCGCCAACAUCCUCGACUUGCUGUCUGGUGCUGAAUCCACCCGGCCGAACAACAUCUUCUAUUUCCUCCAGCCUCGCCGUCCAGCCCGCUGCUUGUCUUCGCUGUCGGUCUGCGCAUCUCUCCCCAGGUCUCGCGCCAAAAUGGAGCGCCUGGAUAACCCCAUCCUCCCCGUCUACGAAGAUCCUCCUCUUGAGCCCGUGUUAAAUACUGUGAUCGCUGACGGCGAGAUAUUCCUAAGCAGAAACCAGAAAACGAGAAAUCAGUUCCGCCCUCGCGCCGGUAAAGGAGGUGUCAAUAGCUACCAGCUACGGCAAUAUGCCGAAGUUACUUUGGGAGGAGGUAGCUUGAGGAAGGUGGUCAAGCUCCCCGAGGGCGAAGAUGAGAAUGAGUGGCUAGCAGUCAAUAUGGUGGACUUCUACAACCAGAUCAAUCUCCUCUAUGGUGCCAUCACCGAGUUCUGCUCGCCGCAGUCGUGUCCUGAAAUGAAGGCGACCGACGAGUUUGAAUAUCUUUGGCAAGACAGCGAAAACUACAAGCGGCCUACCAAGAUGGCUGCACCGGCCUAUAUAGAGCAACUGAUGGCGUGGGUUCAGGCCAACAUCGACAACGAGUCUGUCAUGCCUAGCAAGAUUGGCGUCCCGUUCCCCAAAUCGUUUGGAACGCUCAUUCGCCAGAUCUUCAAGCGAAUGUACCGUGUGUACGCUCACAUCUACUGCCACCACUAUCCUGUUGUCCGUGAGCUGGGGCUGGAGCCUCAUCUAAACACCAGCUUCAAGCAGUACGUGCUCUUCAUUGACGAACACGGCUUGGCAAGCGGGCGUGAUUACUGGGGUCCUCUUGGAGACCUUGUCGACAGCAUGCUGAAGAGCGACUGA